AUGCGAAUGGUGGGUGGAAACUUGCUUAAAAUAGGCUUCCUCGGGGGUGGUAAAACAGCACAGGCAAUGGCAAAAGGUUUCAUCUCCGCUGGACUUGUGGAUGCACAGAAUGUCGCGGCGAGUUUUAGUGCGAACGACAAAGUAAACAGGGAAGCAUUCAAGGAUAUGGGAGCCGAAACGUACCUGGACAGUAUACCGGUUGUCAAAAGGUCGGAAGUCAUCUUUAUCAGCGUCAAACCGUGGGUUGUCCCUACGGUGCUAGAACAAGUCAGUGCGAGCAGUGCGAAUAAGUUGUUCAUUUCCGUUGCCAUGGGACUCAAGCUGGCCGAGUUGGAAGGGUCUCUCCUGCCGACGGCCCGUGUCAUUCGAGUUAUGCCAAACACCUGCACACUGGUCCGAGCGGGGGCAUCGGUAUUCGUGCGGGGAAAGUGUGCCACCGAAGAUGAUUGCUCCCUAACGCAAGCGUUGUUCGAAUCCGUCGGAACCUGCGAUGAAGUGACGGAGACAUUGAUUGACCCUAUUACUGCCCUUUCCGGCAGUGGACCGGGUUAUGUUUUCACAUUCAUUGAAGCCAUGGCUGAUGGUGCAGUCAAAAUGGGUCUGUCACGAGAUUUGGCGUACAAACUAGCGGCCCAAACAGUGAUGGGCGCUGGCAAAAUGGUACUUGAAACGGGAGCACAUCCUGGACAACUGCGGGACGACGUAGCCAGCCCGGCAGGGUCCACUAUUGAAGGGUUAUCCUUUUUGGAGAAGCAUGCUUUUCGUUCCAUAGUAAGUGGAACAAUAGAAGCAGCGACUCUAAGGUGUCAGUCGAUAUCAAAAAAUAAAUAAAUGGUCUUCCAAAUGUACGUUAAAGAAUGCAAUAAAUAUA